AUAAAAAAAAACAAGUAGAAACUACCUUUAUUAUGCCUAAAAAAUAAAAAAUAAAAACCUGGUCAAUUUGGAACGGCAAUGGCAAUUCCUUUAUCUCUCUUGAACUGGUUUGAGGGGAAAGAGAGAGAGAGAGAUGGCGAUUCUUCAAGUUAUGUCGCACCUCAUCCCAUCUUCUUCCCCUUCCUCGCAGAUUAAACAACGUACAAUUCCCUCCACUUCUCUUUACCUCAAUCAUCCUGGAUUGUCGUUGUCGUUAAGUAAAAGAAACUCUAGAAGAAUUCGUACCACUUUUAAAAUCGCUUGCUCUGCUCCUUCUAAUCAGAGCUCUGAAGAAGAAUCUGUUAAAGAGAAAAGUGUGUCAGUGGUUCUUCUCGCUGGAGGGAAGGGAAAAAGAAUGGGUGCUAGCAUGCCAAAGCAGUAUCUUCCGCUUUUAGGCCAACCAAUUGCUCUAUAUAGUUUCUACACUUUUUCACGGAUGCCUGAGGUUAAGGAAAUUGUUGUAGUUUGCGAUACAUCUUACCAGGACAUAUUUGAAGAUGCCAGAGAGAAGAUCAAUGUGGACCUGAAAUUUGCAUUGCCUGGCAAGGAAAGACAAGAUUCCGUAUACAGUGGACUUCAGACAAUUGAUCUGACCUCUGAACUUGUAUGCAUCCAUGAUUCUGCAAGACCUUUGGUGACAUCCAGUGAUGUAGAAAAGGUUCUGAAUGAUGGGUUGCGAGUUGGAGCAUCAGUACUUGGUGUUCCUGCUAAAGCUACUAUUAAAGAGGGAAAUAGUGAAUCAUUUGUGGUGAAGACUUUGGACAGGAAGACACUUUGGGAAAUGCAAACUCCACAGGUCAUCAAGCCUGAGUUGCUGAAGAAAGGUUUUGAGCUUGUAAAUAGAGAAGGCCUCGAAGUGACGGAUGACGUGUCCAUUGUUGAGCACCUCAAACAUCCUGUAUACAUCACUCAAGGAUCAUAUACUAACAUUAAGGUUACAACUCCGGAUGAUUUAUUACUUGCCGAGAGGAUAUUGAAUACCGACUCAUUUGUACCAGCUUAAUUAUUCAAUUUGUUUGUAAAUGCCAUAAUCAGUUGAAUGGCAGAUUAGGGGAUACUAGAAAAGGAUUAACAAUCAUAAAGUGCUUGUAAUGAGCUUUACUAUGCUCUUCUUGGUGUUUUUGCAGUUUUGUAUCUUGAAAAUGUCUGUUUUUUUAAAAGGAUACAGUAAAUUACAAAAAUAUCCCUGGUGUUGAAAAUGUUUCUAA